CAUCAGAACAACUGCAAACUUUGUGCACUGCUGUUAAUAAGAGCCUAAACAAAACAGAUGAUCCAUCUGAAAAGAAGCAAGGAAAGUCAUGGAUAAAUACAUUUCUGAACAAAAUGCGUUUCUCAACAACAGAAGCUCAUCUACCAGAUGACGACUGUCCAACAAUUGUAUGGGAUAAUGAUAGAAAACAGUGGAUUGAUACAACUACAAAUGAAAACAGUCACUCUGGCGAUCUGCUUUUGCCUCCAAAGUCAUCUGGGGUUGGUCCCUGUGGAGCCAACAAUGUUUACAGGCUCAAAAAAUCAAGAGAUGUAAGAUCGAAGUAUGUGGAUGUUCUACAGACCAACAAACAAUUUUCGAAUGUGAUACUAGGUUUCAAGAACAGCUCAGAAGAGAAAUCAUAUUUAUAACAAGGGAACU